AUGACUUUUGACACGAAGCUUACGUGGAAAAGUCGCAUUGCUAAAAUAGCAGAUCGAGUCUCCUAUAGACUGAAUGUCCUGAAGCGUCUUGCUGGUAGCGUAUGGCGCUGUGCGCGCUCAACUCUAAACACCACUUACAAGAUGUUCAUUCAGCCAAUAAUGUUGUAUUGCUGUGAGCCACUCAUUACGAGCCACAGAGGUGAUUCUCAAACCACUCGAGAAGGGCACAACCAAGCAUUACGACUCAUUACUGGAGGAAUAAAAUCAACACCCAUUGAUGCAAUGCUUCUUAUCAAAGAAAAGGCCUUGAUCUUGUAUGAGAAGCUACUGCGCAUUCCCAUAGAUUGA